CGGGCUCUUUAGGUUUCUCUCAGCUAGGGUUUUUUAAAUCCACACUAAACCUCUCCUUCCAAUCAAACACUUUUCUAACGCCAAAAUUUUCCUAUUUACCCGUUAAAAUUUCUCUUGAUUCGUCAAAUUUCUCGCACUCCAAACGCUCAAUUUCCCGCACUCUCGGGAGUACUGAAUGGCGACGAUCAAUCUGACGGAGGGAGCGAUCGCGAAGAUAACGAGCGGAGGGGCAACGGCGGCGGAAUUGAAGCCAACGCUGCAGGUGACGGAGCUGAAGCAGGUGCAAACCAAGCAGCCCCAGCAGAGUGACCGGUUCCGCCUAGUGCUUUCAGAUGGGUCUCACUUGCAGCAAGCCAUGUUGGGGACUCAGAUUAACCAUUUGGUUAAAGAUGGAAACUUGCGCCCUGGUUCUAUUGUCCAGUUGAUUCAGUACACUUGCACCACUGUUCAAGGCCGCAUGAUUAUAAUCAUCCUGGAAUUGGUUGUGAUAGUUGAAGAAUGUGCUCUCAUAGGACAUCCUGUGUCAGCACAAAAAUCUUUGGGCCCUUCACAAUCCUCUGCUGAACAACCAGUUAAAAACCCUGCAAAUCCUCAAUCAUUUGGUAGUAGUUCAAUUGUUGGUGGGGUGGUUGAAAACCCAAAUUUGGCUGGGGCAUCUCUACAAAGCCCUAGAAUGAAUCAGUUGCAUGGUAGUUCUCAUUCCAUCAAUUUUGACUCAGGAAGACAUGGGGCACCAAAUGUACCUCCGUCUCAUCCGAAAGCAGAACCUGGUACUGGGCUCCCUGGAUCAGCUCCAAUUAAUGGUUUAUACAGUGAUCAGCACACAAGUUUUCGCAACCCUAGACCAGAAAUUUCGCAGACUCCUAGCACUUAUUCCUAUGCCUCUCGCUCAGCAUAUCAACAGCCACCUCCAAUGUACUCUAAUAGAGGACCAGUGGCUAAGAAUGAAGCUCCCCCUAGGAUAAUGCCAAUUUCAGCACUCAAUCCAUAUCAGGGUAGGUGGACAAUCAAGGCAAGGGUGACAGCAAAAGGAGAGCUUAGGCACUAUAAUAAUCCCCGUGGUGAUGGAAAAGUGUUCUCUUUUGAUCUUCUUGAUUCUGAUGGAGGAGAAAUUAGAGUAACCUGCUUUAAUGCUGUGGCUGACCAAUUUUAUCACCAGAUUGAAGCUGGGAAAGUUUAUUUAAUUUCCAGGGGAAAUCUAAAACCUGCUCAAAAGAAUUUCAACCACCUUCGCAAUGAUCUAGAAAUUUUUCUGGAGAGCACUUCAAUCGUUCAACCGUGUUUUGAGGAUGACAGUGCAAUUCCAAGGCAGCAAUUUCAUUUCCGUUCUAUAAGUGAAAUUGAGGACUUGGAUAAUAACAGUGUUGUGGAUAUAAUUGGUAUGGUUUCUUCUAUUACUCCUUCAUCUUCAAUAAUGAGGAAAAAUGGUACAGAAACUCAGAAGAGAGCCCUCCAGCUGAAAGAUAUGUCGGGCCGAAGUGUUGAAUUAACAUUAUGGGGAAAUUUCUGCAAUGCAGAAGGACAAAGGCUGCAGAAUAUGUGUGACUCAGGUGGUUUCCCUGUUCUAGCUGUUAAAUCUGGUAGGGUGAGUGAUUUUAAUGGGAAGGCAGUUGGAACUAUCUCCACCAGUCAGCUAUUUAUAGAUCCUGAUUUUCCAGAGGCUUGCAGGCUGAAGGAAUGGUUUGAAAAGGAAGGGAGAAACAUGCCUUCCCUGUCUAUUUCAAGGGAAAUGUCAGGUGUGGGUAGGAUAGAUGUUCCAAAAACCAUUUCUCAAAUUAAGGAUGAGAGGCUAGGGACUUCUGAGAAGCCAGAUUGGAUUACUGUCAGUGCAACUGUGAUAUUCAUUAAGGCUGACAAUUUCUGCUAUACAGCUUGCCCCCUCAUGUCUGGUGACCGACCAUGCAACAAGAAGGUAACAAAUAAUGGAGAUGGGAAGUGGAGGUGUGAGAAGUGCGAUCAGUCUAUGGAUGAAUGUGACUACAGGUACAUACUCCAGUUUCAAAUACAGGAUCAUUCUGGCAUUACAUGGGUGACUGCAUUUCAAGAGAGUGGUGAAGAGAUAAUGGGUAUAUCUGCAAAACAACUAUACUUCUUGAAAUAUGAAGAACAAGAUGAUGAGACUUUUUCUAAAAUUAUUCGGCAAGUUCUAUUUAGUAAAUUUUUAUUCAAGUUGAAAGUGAAGGAGGAGACAUUCAGUGAUGAACAGCGUGUAAAGUCCACUGUGGUAAGAGCAGAAAAGGUGAAUCACUCAUCCCAGUCCAAAUUUCUUCUGGAGAUGAUGGAAAAGUUCAAAUCAGGAAACUCUGCUCCUUUUGCCUCUAAAACUGAGUCAAUUUAUCCUCUCUCGGGGGCAAGCAACACUGGUAUUGAAAGUAGUGGCAGACAAGGUGGACCACUGGGAUCUAAUCAAGGUGGGAACAACAGUUAUACCGCUAGAGAUUUUGGUUCACUGCCUAAUGAAGUGGGUCAUUACGGAAACCAGUAUAGUUCAAGGUUUCCUACAGCUAAUUCUUCUUGUAACAGCUGUGGUGCUACCAGUCAUACCUCAUCAAAUUGCCCUAGCAUCAUGAAUGCUCCCAGGCAGCCUAUGAGAGGGGCGUAUGCCAAUAAUGCAUCUUCUAUGGCCAAUGGUGGUGGUCGCGGUGCUGUAGGUGAAUGCUAUAAAUGCCAUCAAACUGGGCAUUGGGCAAGGGACUGCCCUGGGUCAAGUGCUGUUCCUCCAGCUUAUGGUAGCACUGCCAUUUCCUCUGGAAGGUUUGGGGGUAUUUCAAAGCCACAGUUUAGUGGUUUCUAAAGUCCCUGGGAAGAUAAGGCAGAAGUAUGUAAAAUAAGGUGCCUGCUUUGUGAGAUGUAAUGGAUAGUGCUUCUAGUUUUGAAUUUGGCGUUUGGGUGAGGGAUUGUGAUCUCUGUGUACAGAAUUUUGGGGCCAUAAAUAGCAUCUUUUAUAGUUUAAUACCGUGCAAAGAAUGCUAUGGGUCAAAGCUACUCUAUCUGUCUCGAAGUUGAUCUUUUAUUUUUUUUAUUUUAUUUUUUUGGUUCCUUCCCCAACAUUGCUUAUCCUUUUCAAAUAUUUCCUUUAUCAUGUUGUGCAUUCGGAUUGCAGAUUGUAGUUUCUCGAACUGGGUUUUGUUUUACCAAAGUAAUUAUGCUCGUAUAAUCUCUGUUAGUGUUCA